AUGAAGUCUUCAGUGCAUUCUAGCGUCAAAGAUGCUACCAGCACGGUUUCCCCCGUUGUUGAAAUUGACCCCAAGGAAGAAAGAGCCCUGGUCUGGCGUUUGGAUAUCUUCUUCUUGACGAUCGGGUUCUUUGGAUAUGCAUUCAAGUACCUCGAUCAGACCAACAUCAGUAAUGCGUAUGUUUCUGGGAUGGAAACAGACCUCAAGCUCUAUGGAAAUGAGCUCAAUUAUUUUACCACUUUCUUCAAGUGCGUGCUCAAUGCUUCUGUUGCGCAAAAUUGUGAUAUUGACCUUGAUAGUAUUGGCUACAUGAUCAUGUUAUAUCCCUCAUGUAUCAUUGUAUCUCACGUCGGGCCAUCAAUAUGGCUACCCACAUGCGAAGUCAUCUGGGGGGUAUUGACAUGCUGCCUAUCCACAGUCUCCAAUGAAAAGCAGUGGUAUCUACCACACGAAAUGGCUUUGAGGAUGAGUCUUUACAAUAUAGCACAGCCUGUCGGAGCAAUGCUGUCAGGUGCCAUGCAGGGUGCACUUUCCACAAAUCUGGACGGCGCACUUGGUCGGACUGGCUGGCGAUGGGCAUUCAUUAUUAAUCCGGACCGUCCAAACCCACUGGCCAAGUUUUAUCUGAGACCCCGAGACAUUGAGGUGGCCGAGGCGAGAACUCGCAGGAUAGGACGUGAUGCCCAGGUGGGCAUACAAGUCAAGACUUUUUUCCGCUGCUUCAAGUUCUGGCAUAUUUGGUUGUUCUCAAUUGCCUGGGCUAUUGGAUCUGGAAUCACGCCUUCUAGUUAUUUCAACCUUUGGUUAAAGUCACUGAAAAAUCCAGAUGGAACCAAGAGAUACUCAGUCGCCAUGCUGAACUAUUUACCCAUCGCAGGCCAGGCAUUACAGCUAGUUGCAGAGCUUUUGUUCAGUGGAUUCAGUGACUAUCUUGGAACUCGAUUGCCAUUCCUGCUUCUUCAAUCAGUCAUCAGUAUCACCUCACUCAUCAUUCUGAUCAUUCGACCGGGAGAUGAGCCUGCUUAUAUGGCUGGAUGGUACUUGAAUUAUGUAGGCGCCGUAUCGACUAUGCUUCUUUGUGCUUGGGCAUCUUCACACCUCGAAAAUGAGCCUCAGGUUCGCACAGUCCUCUUUGCGACCGGGACUUUGUUUUCAUACCUCUUCAGCGCAUUCCUGCCAAUUGCCGCUUACCCAGCUUCAGAGGCACCUCAUUGGCGAAUUGGUGCCAAGCUAUAUCUUGGUCUUUGCUCGGUAGCUGCUGUGAUUUAUGUGACCAUCUUCUUUAUAUUCAAGAGGGAAGCGAGGGGAAAACAAAGGGGCCCAACACAAUAG